AUGAAUAUAUUGGUAUAUGUUGGGGCAGCUAUUGUACCCAUCACAAUCCCAGUUAUUUUUGAGGCAAUGGAUAAUCCAACAGACAAUUUAAACUGUGGUGCAGCCGCACGAUCCUUAUUGGUGAUGGCACCGCAACCCCCGUCUAACCGCAAUUACAGGCAUUUCGAGAAAAUGGUCAACGAAUACAACGAGAAGGCGCCCUUUAACUUUCCUGACCCUUUCGCUGCCGGAAAAAAGGUACCCUUAUUUGCUGCACAUCUCUACGAUGCCGUGUAUUUAUAUGCAGAAUGCAUUCACAACAUGUUGCUUGAGAACCUCAAUAUACGGAAUGGUACCGACGUCAUUAACAGAAUUCGCAACAAACGCUUCCAAAGUAUCCAGGGAUUCCAAUGCCUUAUUGACAAUAAUGGAGACGCCUUAGGCAAUUAUUCGUUGCUGGCUUGGAAAGAGGAUUAUUCUCCAAACAGAGAAGCCAAUUUCUCUAUGGAUCCAGUUGGAUCUUUUAUAAUUGAUCCGCGAAAAUCACUUCCGGAUUUCAAACUGAAUGAAGGAAGUGUCAUCGCAUGGAUGAAUGGUGCACCACCCAAAGAUGAACCUGACUGUGGGUUUUAUAAUGAGAAGUGCAUCAAACCAGAAGAUGAUACAGCGGUAAUUAUUCUCAGCGUUUUUGGCGGUGUAUCUGUAUUAACAAUCGUAAUAUUUAUAAUUCUAUACAAAAAAUGGCGGUAUGAACAAGCUAUCGCUGGUCUGCUGUGGAAGAUCUGUUCCUCAGAGCUUCAUAUUGAUUCUGAUAAACCGGAAUGCAAAUCCGAGAGCAAAUAUUCUUUGAGCAGUCGUCUGUCACUUGAUUCGAGAACUACAAUGACGCAAGUCUAUGCUAGAACCGGCAACUAUAAAGGACAAAUUGUUGCUUUGAAAAUGUACGAAAAGAAAAAUUUUGUCGUCACCCAUAAAAUGAAAAGAGAAAUGAAAAUGAUGCGGGACAUCCGUCACGGAAAUGUCAACGCUUUCAUCGGAGCUUGUGUCGAUCCGCCGCACUUCAUCAUCGUUACAGAAUACUGCUCGAAAGGAAGUUUGCAGGACGUUCUGGAAAAUGAAGAUAUGAAAUUAGAUGAUAUGUUCAUAGCAUCUUUAGUAAAAGAUUUGAUACAGUUUUGA